AACUGAUGCCGCUUGCCGCGUCUGCCGCGCGAAUUCGGCGUCAUCGCGUUUGUCGCGAAACAAUAUAACCUCAAUUCCUCAGUAUCUCAGUUAUCAGUUUAAAUAAUCAAUAUAUCAUGUCUGCAAAAAUGAAAAUUUAUGAGUGGUCAAUGCAGUGCAGUCAGGAACAGAAUGUAGAAGCAGACCGACGUGACAAGUUGCUCGGAUCAUUAGCUAUGUUAUUAGCUGCAAAAAACAGACGGAUCAACAAAAAGAAGCGUUUCUGGGUUGCUCCAAUUUUUAAAAAACGCUGUGAGCAUGGUUUUUACCAUGCCUUGCUGCCAACACUUAAAUUGGAAGAUCUGCGGUUCCAUAAUUAUUUUCGGAUGUCAACCACGCAAUACGAAGAGUUGUUAGCCAUUGUAGGCCCGCAUCUAGAGAAACAAUACGUCGUGCGAGAGCCGAUAAGUGCAGCAGAACGAUUGACGUUGACAUUACGAUUUCUGGCAGCUGGUGAUUCCAUGUCUUCAAUGACAUAUCAAUAUUUAGUAGGCUUGACGACUGUAAGCAAUAUUAUUGCUACAACAUGCAAGAUUAUUUGGGAACAUUUGUGUCCUUUGGUUCUUCCACCUCAGUUAUUCGAAGAUGACUGGCGGAGCAUCGCAGAAGAUUUUGAAGAUAUAUGGGACUUUCCACAUUGCAUUGGAGCAAUCGAUGGAAAGCAUGUAACCAUUCAAUGUCCGGAUAAUGCUGGCUCCAAUUUCUACAACUAUAAAAACAGUCAUAGCAUUGUGCUAUUAGCUAUUUGUGAUGCCAAUUAUAUUUUCCGGUUCGUCGAUAUUGGUGCGUAUGGCAGGCGAAGUGAUGGAGGCAUUUUUCGUGAAAGCCGAUUCGGUCAACAACUUAAUGCAGGUCAAAUGAAUAUCCCAAAAUCGGACAGUUUUUACAAAGGAGGCCCGUCUUUGCCUUACUGCAUUGUCGGGGAUGAAGCCUUUCCAUUGAAAUCAUAUUUGCUAAGGCCAUACUCUGGCAAAAAUAACUUGUCCGCCGAACAGCACAUCUUCAAUUAUAGACUCAGUAGAGCCAGACGAGUGAUAGAGAAUUGUUUCGGAAUACUUGCUAGCCAAUGGCGAGUUUAUCGAAAACCGAUCAUUAGUAGUGUGGAAACUGCUAUGAAGAUCGUACAAGGUACAAUCUGCAUUCAUAACUGGCUCCGCAAGAGUGAUAUCGAGAAGAACAAUUAUAUUCCACCAGGUAUGUUGGAUAAAGAAACGGCUGUGGGUGAUCACAUACGAGGUUCGUGGAGGACGAUUAUGGAAGAUGGUUGUGCAUUUGUGGACAUCUCCAAAUGUAGUACAAAUACAAGUACUCGGGGUGCCAUGCUCAUUAGAGAUGAAUUUUGUAAAUAUUUUAAUAAUGAAGGCUCAGUGGCAUGGCAAAAUGAUAAAUGAUACAUUAGCAUAUUAUUUCGUUUUAUUUAUAAUAUUAUACUAGACAUCACAGAUAUAAUCAUUAUUUGUAUACUACACAUGCAAAGGAAAUAAAUCACACCUUUUAAUCAUGCAAACUAA